AUGUCAGCGAAUACUUCAACCCCCGGCUCUGGGGAGAAAACCCUGGCAAUGCUGGGCUGUGGGAACUUGGGCCUGGCAAUUUUGACUGGAAUUCUGUCAUCUAUUUCAGACGCGAGUAAAAAGGAAGAUACGUCUUUCCAAACUCCCACAAAAUUCAUUGCCUGCGUCAGAUCAGAGCGAUCCUCAAAACGCAUUCAAACAGCUGUCGAGCCCUAUUCUGGGUUCCCGGUGACGAUUCUGCAGAAUGAGAAUCUCAAGGCAGUUCAGCAAGCUGACAUCAUUAUUCUCGGCUGCAAGCCCUACAUGGUAAAAGACCUUCUUGCUGUUCCUGGCAUGCGUGAUGCACUCAAGGGCAAACUCCUGAUCAGUGUUUUGGCCGGGGUCGAGGUGGAGGCAAUAACACACACCAUAUACGAAGGACAAGAAGUGCCUGAAUCAGAUUCAUGCACCGUCGUGCGAGCAAUGCCCAACACCGCAGCCAUGGUUGGCGAGUCGAUGACUACGAUUGGAAUCUCAAAUCCACCACUGCCACAAGAAUGGGAUGAUUUGAUUUCAUGGAUCUUUACUCGCAUUGGAAAGAUUGUCCGACUCCCGCUCUCUCAGAUGGAUGUGUGCACUGCACUGGCAGGCUCUGGUCCUGCUUUUGCGGCGUUGGUGCUCGAAGGAUUGGCAGAUGGCGCUGUUGCGAUGGGACUGCCGCGUGCCGAGGCCCAGCUCAUGGCUUGUCAAGUCCUGAGGGGCACGGUUAGUAUGGCUGAAAAAGGAGAGCAUCCGUCGAUUAUCAAGGACAAGAUUUCUUCGCCUGGUGGGUGCACGAUUGGUGGGUUGCUUGUUCUGGAAGAGGCUGCCGUGCGUGGGACUCUGGCACGUAGUGUGCGUGAGGCAACCUGCAUCGCCAGCGAGCUUGGGAAGGGCGUACAGCGGGUAAAUGGCACUCGGCGUUGA